CAGCAGAUAAGCUGAUUCAACAAAUUCAUUUCAUAUCAUACUAAACUGAUCAAUAAAUCCCGACAAAGCGAGAAAUGGGCAUAAACAAUCUCCUGAAAUUCAUGAAGCCCUAUGUUGAAUCCGUCCACAUCAAGAAAUAUGCUGGGAAACGGGUGGGUAUUGAUGCAUAUUCGUGGCUUCACAAAGGAGCGUAUUCAUGUAGUAUGGAGGUAUGCCUGGACAUGGAAGGGGAUAAGAAAAACCGGUUCUUGCAGUAUUUUAUGCAUCGGAUAAGCAUGCUUCGACACUACAAGAUUACGCCGGUGGUUGUUUUUGAUGGGGGCAGCAUCCCGUGUAAGGCCGCUACUGAAGAUGGGAGGCAUAGGAAGAGAAAGGCUAAUCGAGAUCUGGCUAUGGAAAAGCUGAAGGAGGGUGAUACUGAUGCAGCCUCCGAGCUUUUCCAGAGAGCUGUGAGCAUAACCCCUCAGAUGGCGCACCAACUGAUCCAGAUUUUAAGAUCAGAGAAUGUUGAAUUUGUUGUAGCUCCAUAUGAGGCAGAUGCCCAAUUGGCAUAUCUCACAAGUCUUGAAACUGAAAAAGGCGGCAUUGUAGCAAUAAUUUCAGAGGACAGCGAUUUGCUGGCCUACAAUUGCCCAGCUGUAGUAUUUAAGAUGGACCGAUAUGGCAAGGGUGAAGAGAUAAUCCUAAAAAAUGCUAUUAAUGUUGCUGGGCGUAAACCAUCCUUCAUGAAUUUCGAUAGAGAAUUGUUCACAGGUAUGUGUAUAUUGGCUGGUUGUGAUUUCCUUCCAUCCGUGCCUGGAAUAGGAAUUGUCAAAGCUUACAACUUGGUAGCCAAGUAUCGAAAUUUAGACCGUGUUCUGUCAGUGCUGAAGCUUGAAAAAGGAAAAGUAGUUCCUGAAGAUUAUCCCACAGCUUUCAGACAAGCGUUGGCUGUUUUCCAACACGCUCGAGUUUACGAUGCAGCUUCAAAGAAACUCAAGCCUCUCAAUCCUCUGACGCCUGAGCUGUUGCAGGGUGACCAUGGUGACCUCGAUUUCUUGGGGCCAGACUUGUACCCUUCCAUAGCAGUCGCGAUUGCAGAAGGUAACCUGGACCCUUGUACAAUGGAGCCGUUUAACCACUUUCCUCAACCUGGAUAUAAGCACAGUCUCAGUUUCGCAGAUUCUGCAAGCCAACUCUCAACUCAAGAAGAAGCUACUGGCUCGAUGCAAGAAGGAUGUUUCACUGUAGUUUCGUGCCACAAAACUGUCAAAAAGAGAAUUAGAGGUGAUAUGCCACUUGAUGCAACGAAAAGUUCAUCAGAAGGGAAGCAAAUGACAGUUAUCAGCGAGGAAGUACUGAACGAAAGUGAAACAUCAGCCCUCAAAAAGCUCGGUUUCCCUUCCAGAAACGAAGCGUUGGCACAAAAAGAACCAGUACCGCUUAGAUCCACUCUAAACAUGCCAUCCAACAACCCCUUCAAGAAACGGAAAAGAGACGAUGAAGUGCAGCUGAAUGAGGCCAUGUCUAUUGUAGAACAAGCUUCUGAAGUGACUGAGGUUGAGAAGCCAGAAAUUUUUUCUGCAACUCAGAAAUCAGAAGAAAGCAUAGAUUCUAAAGUAAUCAAGCCAAAAGGCAAAAGAAUAGCUGAAAAGCUAUCAAAACAAAGUAAUCCCAAACAUGUCAUAACAUCUAAGGUGGAGUACCUUGUCCCUAAUACUUAAUACAAAGUAAUCACUUGUUUAAUUUAAUAGUUUUUUUUCUAUACAUUCUUUAAAAAGUAGCAAAUCACUUGAUUCCUACCAAAAGGGCCAUAUCAUCUUAAUUGUGUAUAUAUGCUCAACAUUUGUAUUAAGUAUUAGGGACAAGGUACUCCACCUUCGUGCAAAUCAUCACAUACUCGAGCUCGACUUUCAUGAAGGACAGAUAUACCAGGCCGAUCUUUUUGUGAUUUCGUAUCUUUUGUUAUUUUGGUCCAUCUCAUAAAAAUAAUACUAACUUCUAUUUUAGAAAACCUUUUCUCUCUAAUGAGAUCCGCCUCAUUAUCUACUAAUAAUACUCCAAUUAUUUUUUUUUCUACCCCUCUCGUACUUCACUAAUUGUACAUUAAAAUCCAUAGUGUUCUAAAAAUAGUCUAUUUUUAUGGGUUGGAUUGAAUGGAGUAUAAAAUCACUUUUUUCGCAAGUUUGACAUAGUUUUGCAGAGUGAGCAUUUUUGGAUAUUUAUUACUACUACUACUUAUAGUAAAAUGUAUUUUAUCCCUUGUCAGAUGUUUUUAUUCAGUGUGUUUUUUACAUGGGAUUUGAUCCAAUUUCGGUUUAUUGUAAAACUUGACGUAGGUGUUGAAUGAUAGUAGUCCUCAUCCAUAAAAUUAAUAAUUUUAUUUUUAGAUAAGUGAAAUUUAUGUUAAAUCUGAUUUCCAUUAGAUAAAUGAAGAUAAAUCGUAAUCCUAAAUACCAUGCAUUAACCUUAAUUUGGAUUUUGGAUCCUAGCAAAAUCCAAUUUAUGAAAUAUUAUAGCCAAACCUAAUUUUUACUUAGUGUCGACAGAAAACGCUACAUCGUCGCCCCGAUCUACAAAUUUGUUUUUAGAAAAAAAAAAAAAAAGAUGUCAUUUUUAGAUUUUUAUUACUUAUUUCGUAAAUUGACAAUUUUAUCCCUUGUUAAAGUAAAGAAGUUUUCAAUCAUUCAAUCUUCCAAAAUUGAUUCACUAAUGUAAAAUCGUGUGGUAUCUAUUGCUUUUGAAUUUACGAAUGUUAUAGGAAAUAAAAUCCAACAACAUGAAAUAUGAAAUAGAUAUAGAAACGAUCUAUCAACAUGCAGGAAAGAAGAAAUUGUACAUGAAUAAAACAGUAGAAGAUUAGGUAGGUUUAACUUUUAAGAGAUGGAUCAAAAUCAUAAACAUGAUCCAAACUUUGUUAAUAUGGUGACAUUAAACUCAAACAAAACUAAACCUUGCCAUAUUAUUAAUCCAGGACCAAAUAUCGAGUACCACAAAAUGAUUGAAUCAUGCACCGCAGCCACCACCACAUGCGGCGGCGCAACCGCUCCCUCCGUAGAUAUCUGCGGCGUCGGCUUCUUUUUGUUGAACACCUUGUGCACAUUUCCAUACAACGAGAGACAUCAUCGAAGCUGAAGCCAAAACUAACCACACCAACCUAAAUAUGCCUUCAACAUCAUCUUCACCUAUCAACCUUUUCAUAUGUAUCACCAUCGAUCACUGUGUGUGUUUGUGUGUAAUGUGUUUUGUGUGCGUUUUUUUUUUGUUUUUGGGAUGAAAUCAAACAAAUCCUUUCGUUUCCACUUGUAAGAAUAGUAUCAGAUUAAAUUUGACUUGUGUAACA